UCCUUUUUGCCAAGCAGGCAACGGAGAGAAGAGGACCGGAACAAUUCAUGUAUGUGAUAGCCCUGCAUAUGUGUCCCAAUUGCAAGUGUGCCGGGAUUCGGUCCUCAUAGGCCACUUUUACCGCGACGGAAAUUUCAUCAAGGCCGGGAAAUGCUUUCCGUCGUCCAUACUACCAGGGUUGCUUGGCAGGAGGGUCCAGGUUGUGCGCCAACCGAAAGCAAUAUGUCCCUGGAAGGAGCCAGGGUCCAUUGCAGACGCGUAAGUCUAAUUGCUUGUAGUCUUGCAAUUCUUGCCCUUUCAUUCCGGCAGUCUGUGUGGUCAUACACGCAAGUGUACCAACAAGCACGAAUCCGUCUACCUCCUGGUCAUCCCAUCUCGCGUUACUGCAUGGGCAAUUGCCUGGUACACGAAAAUCUGUCUCUUAAUCCUCCUUACUCGCCUUGGAGCAAUAUCACUUUUUAUGGGACUACUUCGGGUUUGACAUGGCCCCCAUUUCCUCUACAAUAUCAGAUUGUAGCACCAUACAGAUCAGUUGCAUGGGCUUGGGGCAUGCUAUCUUCCUGGGAGCCCGACACGGGACCUCAACGAGGACCAGUUCUCGAACGUGACAUAAGCUGAAGAAUGCAAAGUACAGAGAAAGCAUUCAAUGAUAGGUUCUGAUGUCUCGAUCUGUACCCUUGAUAAUCGAAUUAGAUCUGUUCUGACCCAGUUGGUACAUACUCAGCACGCCACACAUGAGUGAACUUGCAAGAGACAAGGGUGGUAUUUGCGCUCCAACUUCCAGUUACGAUACCGCCUGGGAAUUUUGUUGCAUACAAAUCUGAACUGCCGACAACAGUAUACUUUCAUGUGUUUAGUAAACACAUCAGCGGCUCGGAAAGUCUGCCUGAAUCAUGGGUCUUAGUGU